AUGAAGGUAUGCAUAAUUGGAGGAGGACCUGCGGGAUUGUAUACAGCGGCUUCCCUGGUGUCCAGAAACAUCGAUGUCACUCUUCACGAGAAGGAGCCCGAGGUGGGUGGACUGUACAGAUAUUCGUUACUUCCUCCAUCAAGAAUGUCUCCAUUCUCAAAACUGCUUGAGUGCAAGAACUUUUCGUUGAAGCUAAACUCUGAAGUUGAUCUCCAGAAGCUAAAGACUAUGGAAAAGGACUUUGAUGCCUUUGUUAUUGCCACAGGGUCUCCUGGACCAAGAAGACUGAGCAUCCCAGGGAGGGAGCACUGUAUAAACGGCCUUGACAUAGCAAAGUCGUGGGCUGGAGAGGAGCCGAGAUACAAUGUGGGAAGUAGGGUCCUGAUUGUUGGGAUGGGAGACGUGUCAAUGGAUAUUACAAGGUUUCUUUUUGGGUGGAGUGGAGCACAAUUCAAGUUUCCUGAGAAUGCUCUGAAAAGAGUAAGGAGAGUAAAGGACGUAACCAUUACAUCCAGGAGAAGUGCUCACAACAGUGCAUUCACAAACUCUGGGCUCCGGAAGGUACUUGAAAUCCCGGGGCUUGGGUUUUGGUGGUCAGAAGGGAAAGAGGUGACUGAAGAGAACAGGUCCAAGCUAGAAAAGCUCAGAGAGACACGCGGGCAUAAUGAAGAGGACGGAGAGAAGGGUAAGUGCAAGGGAUGGUGGGACAGAAGACAAAGACUGCUUAAUAGUGUCAGAGAAGGUGCUAGGAGGCUUAAGCUAAUGUUUAAUACCGAUGUUAAGUCUAUAGAAAGGGUUGGGUCCCAAUACAAAGUGAGGAUGGUGCAGAAUGGAGUCCCGGUAGAGGAAUGUUUUGAUAGCGUUAUAUCAAGCAUAGGAUUUGAUGAAGCAGAGGCAAAAGGCCUGGGACUUACAAAGCCUAUGUAUCGUAUUGGAUGGGCCAAGUAUCCAAGGGGCAAUGCCGAGAGGGCCAAGGAGGAUGCUCAGAAUACAGUAAACAAAAUAAUUGAAAUGAAGAAAAUGUGGAUGCCUUGUAAGUCGAUAUGA